UCCCUCGAUGGUUAAGUCUAAGGAUCGGGCCUGUCUUGUUUCUGUUUAACCUGCUGGUCUACAGUUUGGAAGAUAUUUUUCUAGGCAGUUCUGUUUUUAUUUCCGAGUUGUGAAAAGGGUCGACACGCCAUUAUGUGGGCGACUUUUUUCCGCGUAGCCUAAGUGAUGUUGCGUGUCUUGCUGAGUUUGUGUCUUUCGUGUGCGUAUUUGCACGUUUUUGUUUGGACUAGGCUGCCACGCGCACCGGCUCUGCUGCACGACUGCUGUGGCGGUAAAUAGCGGACUGAGGAAGUGUGUCGUUCAGGGAAUUCAGGACAGGGAUUUCCUGCUAGUUCACCAGAAACAGGUCUUGGCAAGAGGUGGAUUUCCCUGUGAGUAGUGUGUGUACACAGUUCACUUGUGUUUCGCUCGCAGGAUAUUGCGUUCUCUGUGUUGGGUAAAAACACAAGAAAACCUAACUGCUUUCACUUGAAGUAAUUCCACUUUCGCAUCUCGACAAAGCUCCGUGUUGUUUCAGAGGAAAACCCGCUCGCGUGGUGACGAUCAAUCAGGGCAACUCCUGACAUUUUCAUUGCUGACUUCAGGAUCGACCAGAUCAGCCUUCAGAUCGCAUCUUUGCCAUUUACGUGGAGCGGGCGCGCGCGCUCAGUCAUCCAAAGUCACGCCGUGACCAAUUUCUUUCAGAUAACUGUACCUGGGAGAACGCAACUCCAGCUGAGCUAACGGCGAAAUGCGCAGAAGCCCUCGAGCUGAUAGGACCAGCGGCUCCGACGCGGGAGGCUACUGGGCGACCUCCCACCCUGGAUCACCGGUGUGUGUUAUGGCAUGGCGAUGGAUGUGUGUGUGUGUGGGACUGCUGCUGCUGCUGGUUGACCAUCCCAACACUAAAGGAGAAGCUGCUCCCACCUUUCAACCUGCCACCAUCAGUGCCAGCACACACACACCAGAGACUGAUGAAGACUACUACACUUCUGUGGGUCAUGUGAUCGCUCUUCCUUGUGAUGACGCUGAUGGAAGUCAGAAUGUCACCUGGAGACGAGAGGCUCCGCCCUUGGAUACGGCCGUUGCCGGGGUGAAGGUGAGGGGCGGAGCUCUGUGGUUCCUACCUGCUGACUCCUCCCACAGCGGCAUCUACGUGUGUGAGAGGAGUGAUGCUGAACCGUGGCGUGUGAGCUUGCGAGUGGGCAGUGGCCACAGGGGACUAGUAUACCUGAAGCUGAAUCAGUUUGAAAGACUGGACUGCGGACAAGACCACAUCUUCAGAUACGGCGCUAACCUACUCAUCACCUGGCUAAAGGACUGUACACCUUUGAACAGGUCUGAGAGGAUCCUGAAGUUCCCUCGGGUGUCGAUUGAUGACAAAGGGAACUACACCUGCCUGCUCCACUUCAGCCUGGAGGAACACAACUACAUCUCCGCCAGCGCCACCCAGGUCUCCAUCGAGGUUGCUGAACAGCUCAGUAAGCCGCAGGUGAUCUUGCCUGGUAAUGAGACACGAGUGGUGGAGCUAGGGUCCCGUCUUGAGCUGACUUGUGUGGCAUCUACUGGAGGUGACAUUCUGUUGGUGUCCUGGAGGAUGAACGACGCACUAAUCAUCAACCACACACUCUUCACCAUCACUGAGCGAAUGGUUGAGUCCAGGAUUGUGAAGACUCUGAUCAUCUCUGAGGUCCGUGAGGAGCAUCUCAACAUUCCGUUCCAAUGUUGGGCCAUAAACAGCCUGGGCCAAGACUUCAGACAGAUCAUUCUCCAAGCAGCCAAUCAGGAGCUGUUUUACUGCGUGGUGGGCCUGGUGGUGGCCUUUGGGCUGCUGCUGGUGUGUGUGUGUCUCUGCUGGCGCUGCCGAGUGGAACUGGUGCUGUUAUAUCGCUCACUCUGCCCCCUGCACAAGCAAUACGAUGGUAAGCUUUAUGAUGCGUAUGUUAGUUACCCAAGUGGGAACAGCAUUUCCAUGGCAAUGACCUUUGCUCUUAGGGUUCUCCCCGAGGUUCUGGAGCGUAACUAUGGUUACAAACUCUUCAUCAGAGGCAGAGAUGACCUCCCAGGUGAAGGGUCCCGCAGCUGUCCCGAAUUCUACUUGGCACUGUCCCGGACUUAAACACCAGUGUCCCAAAUUCAAGUUCUUGUUUUUUCCCAUUCUACAUAAUAAACAGCAUAAUGAUCAGUAACUUGCAUCACUUAAUUAACUCGUUCUGGUCCACCAUGUCAGUUCUGAACAAUUUAUUAAAGACCAUUUUUAUUAACAUUAAUCUUCUGCUGUUUCACGCAACACUUAUUUUCAGAGAUUGCGCUUUUGGCUCUUUUUUGAGGUUGCACUAGACGUUCAUUGUCCAUUGUUUUGACGGACAGGGUUGUAAAACAUUCCGUCAAUAAUCUAUUUUCACGUGUCUUUAAUUUCAAUGUCAGUUUGGUGUGAGGUCAUGGCCACAGAUCUCAGUGAAAACAAUAAGUAGCGUGGGAAAUUACCACAAAGCUGUCAGAUGGGCUACUCUCCUGCCACACUCUCGCCCUCUUGUGCACACUCAAAUGCGUUCCCAAUUAAAUUAAGUAGCAAAGCGUAGUUAGAUCUGCUGCAACUAUGUAUCUCGAUGUAACAAGCU